AUGAAGAAACAGCGCGCUCUUCCUGCAGCUUACUAUCGAGGAGGCACCUCGAGGGCGGUCUUCUUCCGACAGGAAGAUCUACCUCGUGAUGUAAAGUCUUGGGAUCCUAUUUUUCUGGAUGUGAUUGGCGGUCCCGACCCUUACGGUCGCCAGCUUGAUGGGCUUGGUGGAGGUAUCUCUAGUCUCUCCAAAAUUUGCAUCGUCGGCAAGUCACAACAUCCAGAAGCUGACGUCGACUACACUUUCGUUUCCCUGGGAGUCAAGGAACCAGAUGUUGAUUACUCAAGCAAUUGUGGGAACAUGAUCAGUGCAGCUGGUCCCUUUGCCGUUGAUUCUAAGCUUGUUCAGGUGUCUUCCGACGCGUCUGAUGCAUCAGUACGGAUCCAUAACACUAACACGGGCAAAGUCAUUCGUGCGACUUUUCCAGUUGUUGAUGUACGACAAACCGCAAUACCAAUCUCGGUCUCAGCUCUGAUACUCCUCACCGUUACGUUCUCCAUCGAUGGCGUUGCAAGCACAGCAGCACGCAUUAAACUCGAUUUCUUGAGCCCAGCUGGGUCUCGAACCGGGAAACUACUUCCAACGGGGAAUGUAGUUGGUACAUUCGAUGGGGUAGCAGCAACAUGCAUUGAUGUUGCCAACCCUUGUACCUUUGCCCGGGCCAGUGACCUCGGCGUGGAUGGUACUCUGACCCCUGACGAAAUAGAAGCGCAUCCAGACUUACUAGUACGUCUGGAUUCAAUCCGUCGUCAAGCAGGAGUGAAGGUGGGCCUAGCAUCAACACCAGAGACUGUUCCUGGGAGCACUGCUAGUGACGUGGAUGUUCUCGCCCGGUCAAUCUCCGUCGGGCAACCUCAUAAGGCGGUCCCUAUCACAGUGGCUCUGGCUCUGGCGUCUGCCGCUCGAGUCCAGGGGAGUACCGUGGCAGAUGUGGCUAGCAAACAACCCGUGGAUAAGGCGGGUAUCAGCAUCGGACAUGCCAGUGGCAAUAUACUGGUUGGAGCAGAUUUUGAUCAUAAUGGAGCACUUUCGGCUGCUACCGUUUUCCGGACAGCCCGUCGCCUCUUUGAAGGACGCAUAUUUUGGAAGGAUGAGUCGUUGUAA